UUAGGCGGCAGUGCCAGUGGCGCCAUGCGGGGACACUUGGCCGCUGCAAGUCGCGGGAGCUCUUCCAUUUCCCUCUUCCACCACCCCUGGCCAAAUGUCGUUUCCAUCCCAGACCCGUUCCAAGAAGACAGAAAUCACCCGCAGCCGCAAUGGCUGUGUGCGCUGUCGCCAAAAGCGAAGAAAGUGCGACGAAGGGAAGCCCGACUGCCGGCGUUGUAUCAUGGCAGGGACAGACUGCCAGUACGAUGGUGUCACCCUCAAAUUCAGAGAAGCGACUCAGUGGGCCGCCCACAAGGUUGAAGCGCGUAGAUGUCUCGCUGAAACACCGCCUCCCAGUACCAACGACUCCUUGGAGGAAAGAUCUGGCUCGCUCACAGAGCCACAGCCACUGCUAGCGGCUUCGUACGACGACACACUGAAUAAUGCUGCGGCAGAUGAAGAGAGAAAUGGCGGCACAGCCGACACGUCUCGCACCCCGGUGACCUUUGAGGAGGACUCGCCCCAUCACGCCAUGUCGAAUUCCCUGGCCUCGCCGACGUGGGCGGAGGUGCCCCUCGACUUUGAUCUACUCCCGUCUGCCGAUGCGGACACCUUCAACGAACUGCUGUCGCAGCUUUCCUGGGUCGGACCGCGGAACCAACCGUGGGAAAUCUCGCCCCCCCCGUCUUCCAGCCAGAGAGAGGCUAUCGCCCAGCCUAACACUCCGGAUGACACAUUAGUGUACGAUGGUUCUACCACAGAGCAACUGUGUUCUGGAAUGAUAACCACACCACCACCACAACAACAACAACAAACGCGGCGGCCACUGAAAGGAGAUGUAAUGGUUUCACAUCCCCCGCUCAAGGCCAGGAAACCUCCGCCGACCAAAGUCCCAGUCAGCCACCGAGUCUACCUCGCGCAUUUUCGCGUAGCGGUCCUACAUGCAUUCCCGCUCGAACUACCGUUCCUAUGGGCAUUGGCGAUUGACUCGCCGGUUGUCCGAUGCGCUGCUCUGGCACUUGCGGCAGCGAAUCUCGCAAACCUUCAGGGCAAGCAGAAAGAUCACAGCACCUGGGCGCCGAUGUCUAUCCAUAGCGCCAAAGCGGCGGCAUUCUCGACGCAGGCGAAUCAGAUGCUCGAAGGCGGAUCCGAUGUGGCGCUGAAUGCAAGAUUGACUGCGAUGCUUCUCCUGGUCUACCACGAACUGGAAGCCGGCUCGUUCAGCGACGCGUUUCACUCCCUCUCCAUACUCAGUGCGGCAAUUCUGGACCAUGCCAAAACUAUCUUGUCUCUCCCCGAGGGCCCCGAGCUCAUCCGCUGGUGGCUUCACGUACGGUGCCUGACAGGUGGUGCGCAUACGCCGCUGAACCCAUAUGGCCACGAGAAUCCUACAGAACCCCUCGCGUCCAGACUCGAAAUGAGCGUUGCAACAGCGGCACAGGUGAUCGACCUCAUCGGAACCCAGGGGAAGCAGCUGUGGGAGCGGGUCCUCUUGGGUAGAUGCUUCCGGGCGAUUGGCGAUACUCCAGCAAGCACGAUGAAGAAAGUGGCCGAUUGGGUGGGGAUCCUGAAGGGAAAUUUGCUGUGCGACAGGGGGGCCUUUGGUCUCUCUGAAACCUCGGACUACUUCCUGACAGAGGAGGAGCUGUUUGCGGAACUGCGAACCCUGAAAAUGAUGCUCGCCACCUGCGAGACCCCGAGUGCACUGCGGAGGACAGCCACCACGACAGCCACCAACACCGCGACAGCCCGCGAGGGAAUCGUCGACUUCACCCAGAUAACAACACACCGCGAAGUAAUGGAGGCCGUGGACUACGCAUUUGCCCAGAUCGUCUGCGAUGAGCAGCUUCUCCACGCUCUAGCCACGGAUCCAGCCUCCCUUCCUUGCCAGUUCCCGCGUGACAGCGACAGAGAUAGAAACAGCGACGGCGACAGUGUCCCCUCUCACCCGCUGAAACCGGCACGGACGCGGACACCAACACCAACAAACCCCUGGGCGGCGGCAAUCCUGCGUCUGGCGGCGCGCGUCGACGCCUCGCAAUGCGGCCGCGAAAACGCCUACCGUCGUGGCGGAAUCCUCAACACGCUCUACUACACGGGGCUGUUCUGCCCGGGCCAUGUGCCCUCGCGAUCCAUCCACGCGACGGUGCAGCGAAUGCUAGAUGCGCGCGUCCACGCCGAGAGCCCGUUCUUCCCCGUCCAUGCGUUCCUUGGGUACCAGCGGGCGCUCGAGCGCGAGAUUAGACAGAGCGGCCGUACAAUCUUCUUUGCGUGCCUGACCUAUGAUGAGUGGACGCCCAAGGAUAAGCUGUUCUCGAAGGGGGAGAAUGAGCUUGUGAUUGUGGUUGGGGCUGAGGCUGAUGGGCGCUACUUUCAUGAUUUGGUUCCCGCUUGGACGGAGGUGCGAGAGGCUUCAACUCCUUGAUGUGUAUAUUCUACUACUAUGCACGAAUGUAUAUCCAUUGAUUGGUCACCUUAUACAAUGUACCUCGCUUACUUGCGAAGCCACGACCGCAGGACGGCGCCGAUGGCCUCGGGCUGGUGCGAUGGCGAGAAAUGCCCGGCUUCAUCUACAGCAUAGAAUGCCAGACGCGCCGUUCCCUUCCAG